AGAGACGGGUGCCACUCUUGUUCAGUCUGGAGCUCCAUCUUCCUCCUCCAUGUCAGGAUAGACCUCCUUUGCUCUGCCGGUGCCUUCCCGGAGGAUGACAUUUGGCAAAAGGGAAUACCGAAUGCAAAGAAAUACAGCAAGAUGGUCCCAAAGCCUUCGGUCAACCAUGUGAAUGCAGCAGAAGUAAACCUUCAGACAGCCCUUUCCAGAAAUCACCUCUCCCCCCCCCUUCAUCUGGAUGAGAAGGGAAGACUUUGACAGGACACAUAGACACAGAAAAUACAAAAAAAAUGGCGGUCUUAAAGGUGACAUUCACCAAGACCACUCGAGGCAAGCUAGCCCAGGUGUUGUGGGUCCUCAACUGGAUCUCUGUGGUAACGGGCAUCAUCCUCUUCAGCCUGGGCCUCUUCCUGAAAGUGGAGAUCCAGAAACGGAAGGAGCUUAUGUCCGCUGAUGUCCAUUCCGUGCCCGACAUGCUCAUCGCCACAGGCCUGGUGGCCUGUGCCAUCAACUUUGUGGGAGGCAAGAUCUGCUACGAUUGCGUUGACACCACCAAGUUCCUGCGAUGGAAGCUGCUGAUGCUACCAUACAUUGUGUGCACCUUCUUCUUUACCUUCUGCAUCCUGGUGGGCGCGCUCAUGUGCUACAGCAUGCGUAACGAACUGGAGGAGUCACUGUUUCUGGGAUUGCGCAACGCCAUGCUCUACUACAAGGACACAGGCACUCCGGGACGAUGCUAUUUGAAGCGCACCGUGGAUUUGUUGCAGAUCCAAUUCCAGUGUUGCGGAAACGCCGGUUUCCGCGAUUGGUUCCAUGUCCAAUGGAUCAACAACCGCUGGUUGGACAUGACCGACAGUGAAGUAACAGAUCAUUUGAGGAGUAACGUGGAUGGCAAGUACCUGAUGGAUGGGGUGCCUUUUAGCUGCUGUAACACAUUCUCUCCACGACCCUGCAUCCAGACACAGGUCACCAACAACUCCGCCCAUUACAACUAUGAUUGGAAGACGGAUGAGCGCAACCUGUGGACGAGGGGCUGCCGCCAGGUCCUGCUGGAUCAUUACACCAACAUCAUGCAGUCCAUCGGCUUUACCGUGCUCAUCAUCUGGUUGUUCGAGCUAUGGGUUCUGACAGGCGUGCGCUAUCUCCAGACAGCUAUGGAGAACCUUCUACGGCAAGGUGACCCUGACUUGGAGUCUGACGGCUGGCUCCUGGAGAACAGCAUCGCCGAGACGGCCCGCUCUAACUUCAAAAUCAUCAAGAACCUGGGCAAGUGCUACCAGGUGGACGAUGAUCCUAACAUCGACGUUCCAAGUACGGCUCAGCAAGAGGUGCCCACUCGCCAGAUCCCUGUGGCUAGAUAGCACAGUGCAGCAUCCCUUGGCCACGGCUGAGGCACGCAAAUGGGCAUCAAGUCCCAUCAUCACCAGGUGUAAGCCUUUGGAUGGCAUAUCUGUCACCAAAUUAAACGUACGACAGCUGUGAACUGAGGGAUCAAAGGUGAGAGGGAGUGUAACGGGAGUGCAGCAGUUCACCACAAAGACACAACAACAGGAUCAAGGACAGCCGAUAUAGAGCGUGCGAUGAAAAUGACCUGCUUUAUCACAUGAUAUUGCAGCACCUGCAUCAUCUAAACUGACAAAAGAGAUCUCAGUUGAAGAAUAUGAACUGGCUGCAACUCUGUCCUUGUGGCAUACUCAACUGUCUGGUGGGGCAUUCCAUUAAGCUGAAGGGGAGCAGGGCAAAGUGAAAUGAGGUCAAAUAAGUGUAAAACCCAGUUGUACAACCCCAUAGACAUUGCAGACAUGGUACAGUCUGAUUGCAAUAUAAUGUCAUAUAAUGGGCCACAUGUUAUGGGCAACAAUUAUGCCAAAAAAGUGAUGGACAUAAACUUUAACAAAUUGUAUAAAAGGAAAUGGAAACAGCAAAUUUGAAUUGCCUUCUACAAUUUCUUCAACUCAAUCUCCUGUGUAUAACUUUUGAAGAUGCAAGAAAGUAUUCACACUCCUUUACUUUUUCCACAUUUUGUUGUCUUACAAAGUGGGAUUAAAAUUGAUUUAAUUGUCAUUUUUGGUCAACGAUCUACACAAAAUAAUACUCUUUAAUGUCAAAGUUUUUACUUUGUAAACAAAUAAAUGAAAAAUAAAACACUAAUAUAUCUUGAUUAGAUAAGUAUUCAACCCCCUGAGUGUUAGAAUAACCUUUGACGUCGAUUACAGCUGUGAGUCUUUCUGAGUAAGUCUCUAAGAGCUUUCC